GGCGGAAGUUGUUUUUCGAUCCGAUCUCUCACUUGAAGAAAGAGAGCAGAUCAGAACAGUGCUUUCGAACAUCACUUAUGAUAAUCUCGAAAUCAAGGUUUCGAGUGCACAACUCUUCAUAACAGCUCCUUCUACUAGUUUCCGUAGUACUACUUUGUGGGUUUCUGCGGGCGAUUCUGUAACCGCAGGCAGCCCAGCCGACUUAAUGAUGGCCGCGCAUGAGAUCGCACGAGACCACUUCGAUUAUGAGUCGGGGGAUGCGAACAUAGCGGCCCUAAAAUACCUUCUGCGCAAUCUUAAAGGCGAAAAACCUCCAUUUUGA